GCGGGAGCGUGCAUGCAUAAAUGCGCGCCCCCGCGGAUGGGGACGCAAGUUCUAUUUGGGCUACGCACAUUUGUCAUCACACCACCACCCUCUCGACAACGUGAUGACGUAGUCAGACGUCACGGUGUUUUAAGUUUCCGCGCGUUAACAACAGACCAGGAAAGACGCAACGGCGUCGUUUAAAGAUGGAGGCAAACACCAGCGUUAGUUCGAUGAUUAUAUACGAGGACGAGUCCGUGGAUGUCCGCUACGUUAACGGAGCCCAACUACAACUGUCACCGUGCGGCAGCGAGUUCCUGCUGGUGAAAGAAGCCGCUAGAGAGCCCGCCCUUCACCCACUGCAGCCCCGGGAGACAGUGAGACAGAGGACCAGGUUCACCAUCAGCACAUACAAGGAGCUGCUGGUCGCUGCGUUGGCCUUUAGGAACAGAUACGCAAGUCGCCCGUAUCUACCAGAGGAACUCAUCCCCACUGAACACAAGCAGUCUUGCUUUAGUCUCGGUUCAGACGUGACGUGGCCCGAGUUUCCUUCCUGUGAAGCCGAGCUCGGGCCCGGAGGCGAGACCGUUGUCCGGUCUGAGGAGGGCAGAGCCGCGCUGAUGCUGUCGCCCUCGGGCGAGGACUUCACCGUGGCGUUCACGUGCAGACUCAGUCAGAGUCAGAAUCCCGCAGCAAAACGAACGGAUCUGGGGACAGGAGGCAGUAGAUCCAAGUCGUCUUCUACUCUGGUUAUCAGCCCCUCUCAGUCAAAGUCCACCACAGUGGUCCAGCAUCACUCCUGCUCUGGUGCUGCCCCCGCGUGGCACUACCCGCUCUCCUUGGCUCGCCGUCAGCGGACGACUCAUCUGUCCAAGUCUAAAGAUGUCGGAGCAGAGGGAAGCGGUGGUUAUGUGUCUGACAUGCGGAGUGAAGAGAGAAGGUCUUGCCUUCCUCGCGCUCUGGCUCUCACAUGUCCGGCCCCUCACUGGCACAGGUGGAAGAGUAAACGUCCUCUGGCUGAGAAAGAAGAGUCAGAUCAAGACCUUCCACCUGAGCUGGUGAAAGUGAUGUGGUGUCAAGGAGUCACCUACAGGAUACUGAGUGGAGCCGUCUCCGUCAUCGAGGUUUCCCCCGGCGAUGGAUCGGUGAUCCGGUCCAAUGGUGUCCUCAACACUUAUUUUACCCAUCACCGUCCUGAGCUUCAGUCAGGACAGGUGAAGGAGAUCUUGUACCAUUUGAAGAACCUUCCACCAGAUGUAGUUGGAGAGGCCUAUUCUAUAUUCUCCGUCGUAAACCGUGCGAGCAGGAUCCUCAGUUGCUACACCCAGGCCAAGCACUCGCUGAAGCUUCCUGUCACACCCAGCUGCCUGCAGGAGGCCAAAGAAUGGAGACGUUUCUCUGAGCCAUCGAUGCCUGAUGGGACUCUGUUCAGUCCCUCACUGGCCGAGCUUCACGUGGACACCACGCAGAGACUAGAACAUCAGUCAAAUCUCGUUGCGGGCGAACUGGAGAAGAUAAAGCGUUUUAACUUUCUUCUGGAGAACAGCGUCCUGCACAGAAGUGAGACAGGACGUGUGAAGCUGCGAGAUCCUUCUGCAGAGGAGGAAGAUGAGGAAGACGCACCUGUGAGGGAGUUCUCCAUUACUGAAGCUCUUCGCAGGACAUCCAGAGCCAUACAGGACAUAGAGGCUGCUGUGUCUGCAGCAACACUGACAUGAAAGACUGAGACACUAACGGUGGGAUUGGCUCCAGCUCCUGGUGACCCUCAUGUGGAGGAUAAAGCCGUAGACGAUGAGUAAGUGAGAGCUGUUUAACUGUAAUAAACUGUAAAGAUACUCAAAUAAAGAAAUGUUAUUA